AUGCUUCUUGGAUCUGGUCCCGGUCCCGCUCCUUCAGCUCUUGGUUCUUCCAAUUCCGUUCAUGGAACUAAUAUUCCCUCUGCUUCUUCCCUUCUUAAUCCAGAUGUUAGGGAGGGAAGAUACGGCAUCCCUAGAGUGGGGUCGUUAUCGGUACUAUCAAAUGUUGUCUGCAAGAAACGUGAUUGCCCUUGUUUGCAACCUCCGGAGUUGCUUCCUAAGUCAAAGAACAAUGUUAAUGCACAGAAACCUUCAUACUCGAUAAACGCUGAUCAAAAGAGACAAAGAAUCUCUUUAGGAAUGAAGGGAUCAUAUUUUGAUAUGGAAACACAAGAAAUUCAUAAUUCUGAUGCAUCUGAAGAUGAAGAUUUUGUUCCUCCUCUUGAAGUUACUUUAGAUGAAGAAGCAGAUGAGUCACCUAUCCAGGAAGAACAAGCUCCAAGUCCAGAUCCCCUUGAUAACAACAAAUUUGAAAAGAUGAGAACAAAAAAAAUACAUGAACAACAAAAAGCAUAUGAGGUUUCUGUUAAUUACAGGUCUAGCAUAAGCAACUGUGGUAUUGGAAUGAUGUGCAAUGUAUACCCUGAAACCCUAACAAGAAUGCUUGUUGCUUUAUGCCCUAACAUCACAUCAAGUGGCAUCCAGUUUGCCACAACCAAGUUGCCAUUUUUGGAACUGAUGAAUCACAACUGCCCAAUCUAUUUGCCCCAAUUGCGAACCCAACACCCAUGA